GGAGGAGGUUGAUCAAUAUCAAACUUAUAGCUGGGCUUAUAACUCACUGCCUAGCAAAAGAUUUCAACAAAUGUAUAGAAUGUGCGGUUCUAAAAGCACGUUCACUUGCGGGGAAGAAAUACUUGACAUGUUUAGUGUUUCCUUGUUUGGAAAGUGUACCUGGGCACAAUACCAGCUUUUGUGUCACCUUUUAUUGAGAUCAUUAUUUGAGGAGUUGCCUGAAGCGUGAUUGGAACGGAAGAGAGGAACACAGCGCUGCCGAGGCAGAGGACUCAUAGCAAAGACAGCGGGAUACUAUUCUGAAUUUAGGCAGAGAAUAGGGAGGACAGCUGGAUACUGUUCUGAAUUUAGAUUAGAGAUGACGACAUGUAACUGAGGUCCAGGUGACUUCUCGCUCCGCCCAUGGAUAUUGGAAUAAUCAAGAAUCACGCACCUAACCUCCCUUGGGAAUAUCAUUUGACUUUAAGCCCUGUGUGAUAUUGUGCACCUUCAUGAUUUUUCUGGCAGCCAAUGGAAGAGAAGGCUCCAAUCAAGCCUGCCAUGGUGUCAAGACUGCCUAAGUUCGGGGUCCGCCCCACUACUGGGGUCACCAGCCCCCUGUCCAAUGGAGUUACCCAGCCUGCCACUCCGACCCAAGAAUGCAAGACCAUCCCUCCUACGAGACCGAAUGGUGUGGUCCGUGCCUCCUCCUUCUCUCUGAAAUGGAAGAAAGAUGCUGGCAGUACUCUGACCACCCCCGCUGGCCCCGAUGCUAGUGCCUGUCCGGACGAGCGAGGGGACAAGCCCCAGACUCCGCAUUCCCCGGGGGGGAGGGAGCUCAAGAGACCUUUAAUGUCCACCCCUAAGGUGGCCCGGAGGUCUGCCUCAUCUGUGUCCUCUGCGUCCAGCCCCAAGCCCAUCCCGCGUCAGGCCACCAUGACUAGCCCCAAGGCGGAGCCCAGACAGGCUCAGAGAACCCCCCUCGGUGGAGUCCCGAAACCAUGCCAGAAUGGAGCUGUUGGUGGCUCGGGUCUGGUAAGGCCACGGGCCAGCUCCAGCUCCCCAUGCAGCAACUCUAGAGACAGCCUGUCCCAGUCCACCGACAGCCUCAAGUCCCUUACACUGGACAACAUGGUGCGCUCGCAGAGUUUCACCCACUUCAUGCAGAUCCCAUCCCCAACCAGCCUGCCCAUGGCACGCUCCUUCUCCUUUAACCGGGCCGUGGAGCUGGCCAAGCCCUUGGCCAACACCCAGUUACAACCACCUCGGACCAACCUCAUCAAACCCCCCCAGCUGUGUAAUGGGAGGCUGGGGAUGAGCAUCAGCCUGGGGACGGGGAUAGAGACGGGACUGGGGCUGGGGGGUUUUCAGUAUCCUAGGAGCUCUUCUUCAACUUGUUCCCCCUUCACAACCCCUAGUGCCCUCAAAAAGCAUCCCCAACCAAACCGUAUUCUCAGUAAGUCCUCUGCUCUAGGCCAUAGAUUGACUCGGACUGGCCAGGCGAAGCAACAGAAGCCCCUGUUCCCAGGAAAGGUGAAAGCAGAGGCCAUGGCUGGAAUGAGGGAUAGAAAUAUGUCCGACUCACCUCCCAUCCCUUUGACCCCAGACCCUGUCAGUGACAGGACCUCAGAGGAUCAGGUCAGAGGGACCGGGGAUGGGCUGGAAGAUAUGUCUCUCUCCUCAGCCUCAACUCUUUCUCGAGCAGACACCAGCGAGGAGUUUUUGGAUGACUUCGAUAACCCGGGUGAUGGGGACAGAGAUGUGGAUGUGUCAGACAGUAAGAUUGAAGGUGGUGUCGCCACUCAGGCCCGACUGCAGAGUUUCCUUAAUGAGACUGUGGACUGGGCUGGGAUGGGCCUCUCCGAGCAGAAGAAGGUAAUGGGAGUUGGGACAUCCUUUGGCAUCUUGAACCCAGAAAGGGGUGACUUCCUUCAGGCUCUAGAGCUGUCCCCCUCAAACAGCUCUGGGGGCACCUACAUGUGGGAUGAGGAGAUUCUGGAGCCCUUGGGACCAACCAAGCACCCCUGUGAGAGCUAUAAUGAAUCAGACCAUCUUAACAGAAUGGAAAUUCUUAACCUGGACAACCUGGAGGAUGAUGACCUCAUGUUGGAUGUGGACCUCCUUGAUGAUAGUGCUCUACUCAAUGAGUCAAAUAGCAUGGCCCAUUCUGAGCGCCCAGAGAGGGGGGGUGGGCAAGGUCACUGGAGGAGGAGGCAGCAUCGCUGGAAUGGACCAAACCCCUUCCAUAAUGACAACAGAGGUCCAGUGUUCCAGCAGUAUAAUGGCUGCGCUGGUCCUGGAGCAUUCAGGGUUGGCCCCCGUCUCCCCCCUGUAGGGAGACAUGAUGGCAACACAGGGGCACUGGAUGAGCUCACUCUGAAACACAUGGCCCAGGACUGCAGCUCUGUGAAAAAUAAGCUGCUCAAACUCAAGAGUUUAUUACAGAUGGAGGAGGGAGGCCCAGAGAUUGUGGAUGACAAUGAGGAGGAGAACUGCAUGACUCUACAGUUGGAGGAGCUAAUGAAGGAGGUGCAGAGACUCAGAGAGGAGUUGAGGAGUAAGGAGAGGACAAUCUCUCAGCUCACACAGCAGCAACUACAGCUACAGCAACAGGUGCCUGCCCAAGCAGUUCAGCCUGGGAGGUGUCACUGUCAUCAGAGAGCACCGUCGUUCCGGGGGGACGUGAGGACUCACCAUGACAAAGCCACACAGACUCCUUGCAGAGGACAAGGACACAGCCAGCCUCCUCAAAUGCUACAGCCUUCCUGCCCCAGGCACCACGAGCACCUCACCCAGGAAAGAAUAGUAAAAACAGUCCUCACCGAGGUCCACAGUGACAUCCAAAGACGAAGGCCCAGUGGAGAUGGGUCCACCUUCACAGACUCUGCCCGCCCUGACGACAGCCCGGCCAGAGGUGAGGACACUCCCCCAGGGCCUAACCCAGACAAGUUGAGUGUGUUUUUCAGCACCCAGCUUACCACUUGUGACGGGGAGGGGCCUAGGACCACCCCCUGCCUGACUCAGGGGUUCCGUGUAGCCAGAAGCGCAGCCCCAGGAGCUCUGUCCAGGACAGAGGGGGGGCAGCAAACCACUCAAGUGGGGUCAUGUGGCCCCGGCUGCCCUCGCGUACUGCAGCCACCUUGUGUCCACAAACGUGUGUCUAUCCCAGCUCUUCCUCAGGAGGGUCCUAAUGGUUAUGUUUUCCAUACUGGCUCUGCAGCUCAGCUGGUCAGCAACAUGACCAAUCAGCUGCCUCCUCCCUCCAGGGACCUGCCCUGUUUAGAAUCUGGUCCCCUGGCAUUGGGUCUGGCUCAGGGCCAAGGUUUGUGGACUAAGCCCCGCAUGGUUAGAAGCCCUCCUUAUCCUAGUCUGGAAGAACAAGACAUGGGACGACUCAGAGACGAGAGAGUUCUCGUUCCUUCCCUUCUUCUAACAGCUCCCCAAGCCAAAGAUCCACUGAAGAGUUCAGAUAAUUAAAUAUGACAUUAUGUAUUGUAUGACAUCCCUUUUCUUUCACCUCAUCAUCAUUACGGCUAUGCCUGUUCAUAUGUGUGCCACAAUCUCCUGAUAGAAAUUCAAGAACGGACCUCAACUACUUUUUUUGAUUUCUGCUUGUCUUGUCUUAAAAUGUACAAUCCGUAAAAGUGCACAUAUACAAAAUGGCUUGAACAGCAGUGUUUCCCCUAGGAUUUAUUUGUACAGUAACUGUCAUAGUUCCUCCUGCGCUGUUUAUGACAAUUUUAAUUAUUUGAACUUCAAAGAAUGUCUUAUCCCAGUAAAAAUAUAAUAUGAAUAUUUUCUUAGAGUCCCACAAACAAUUUAGAAGCAACAGAGUAAUAUGCUCACACAGAGAAAUGGUUUUAAAUAAUAAAUUAUGUAAUAAAGCGAGGCCAUGAUAUAGUGUUUAGUACUGGCUGCAAGGUUAAUAUGGAGUACUGGCUCCAGAUUAAAAUAGUGUGUCCUGUCACUGAACUGCUGGACAUUCGGUACCUCUUUUAGACUUGCCAACAGGCACCAGUAACUACACAGUGAACUCCUGAUUGCCUGAGCACUGGAGAACAUUGGCUUACCAGAUAGCGUCUAUGAGAUAUGUUUUGUUCAGUUUCAGUAAUGUACUAAUCAAGUCAGCAUUGUUAAACUCCUCUUCAUUACAUUUAGCCUACUUUAGAUACCAUUAUUUCAAAAUGUCUUUAGUGGAGAAUUAGAAACCAUAAUUUGACCAUAAAGGAUUAAGAUAAGCAACAAUUUACCAGUUAGUGUGCACAUGAAGUUGCAUUGGAAAUCCUUGCUCACUCAAACAGAACUGUCUCGAACAACACUCCUGAACAAAACAACAAUUAAUCUUGUAGCGAGGGUUAUCUACAAUAAAUUGGAUAGGAUUUAAUGUGUAGAAAGAAUUAACUGUACAGCAGUCCCCAAUCAAGUCAUACAUUUUUGUUCCAUUCAUUGUAUGCAUUUAUUCCAUCUGUUGGGUGGGAUUCAGAGAGAUAACCCCAGAGAAACUUGACCCAUGUCUGAUGUUGGGGUCCUGAUGCAGAUUGAAUUUGAAUGUGUACAUAUAUGCAUCUUUGUGUGGAUGCUCCUUUUCUCGGUGAGAACAUCAGGGGUUUACUGGAUGUAGUGUAUUUUGAGUUAGACUUUAGGGCUUGGGUAUUUGGGUUCUGACUGAUACUAUAGGAGCUUCCAUGCCUGUAGGCAAUGACUGUAGGUUGCUGCCUGUGCCACUAUCCGUUUUUUGGUACCCAUUAGUAAGACGCACACUCAUUAAUCAGACGCACACUCAACGAGGGGUAUUAACUGUCAUAUGUAAUGCACUAUACCUCACAUGACCCAUAAUAAAAUUAUAAAAAAUAUUGAAUUACAUAAUUUGUCUGUAUUAAAUGUCUAAUGAAUUGGAACAAUACAAGAAUGUGGUUGUA